AUGAGUUAUUCUCGCCGAGUUCUAAUUUUAAAGAGCAUCGCAGUGUUUAAUAAGAACAGGAAGCGAUCUUCCACGUCCACCACCACCAUCUUUGAAAACAAUUUGCCGCAGAAUCUUUUGGCCAGAAAACAUCGACGAAAAACAAUUGUCGUUCAUAAAAGUAAACCAACCAAUAACGACAGACUGUCGGCCAUCGUCUUUUUUAUUUUCCUCAUCAUUUUGCUGUUGAAAAUCAUCAACUCUUCCGAACUGGCAAUCCCGCUGGCGGCCAACGACGAACAUCGAGAUCGUCUGGUGGAUGUUAGACGACGAGCGCAACUUUACCUCGCCGAUGUCUACAAAGUCGCUCAAGCCCCGCUGAUGUCAUUUUACGAAAAUCUAGUCGUUUCUCUCGCAAGGAUGCGUGCCGAUCGUGAGGCUCAGCUGGAUCGAUCGCUUCUCAUUAAGAAAUCGCCUAGGAUUUCGUUCAUUCCCGAUCAAAAUAAUACCGAUAACGACAAACCAGUACAAGUCCGUUUGAAUUCCGACGGUGCAGUUCCGGCUAAGGUCAUCAACAGGGCCGUCAUGAACAACCGAUUCAAUUCAACCAAACUCUACAGAUCUUUAGCCAAUCGUGUGACAUUAGUCGAACCUACUCGACAUCUUUUAAAACCUGUUUCAGGUAAUCAAAUUGUUUGCGUCACAACUUCUCCAAGCGGAAGCGACGCCGGAAUUUAUUGCACGACGAAAUUUCUCUGCUCACUUUCCGGCGGCCGUCCUAAAGGUCCUUGCAUCGCUGGAAAAGUCAAUUACAUCAAUCCGGUCAAAACGUUUGGCGAAAUUCACUGGAAGCAAUCUGCCAACGUUAGCGCUCAAUCCACCUGCAUCCUGACUGUCAAAACCAAGAGCAAAUUGCUGCAACUUCUGUCGAAACCCAUUUGCAAAAUCCGGUUGGAGUUUAUGUCACUCUCCAUUAGUCAGCCGACUUCCGGAAUUUGUACCGACGCUAUUCCAAUCAGCCAAUCAUCUACCGUGGUGCCCAUCAAAUGUGAUGGCAAAAGCAGAUUUAACAAGCAUCUCGACGUGCUAUCAUCGGCCGUUACCGCCAACGACGUCCAGCUCAUGUUCAAUUUCGUAGCUGGAACAGACGCCAUCUCGUGGAACAUUGUCGUCCUUCCUUGCCGGGCAUUCUUCCUCGUCGGUAACGCGACCCGUCGGAUAAACGACCAGACCUACACCGUUUGCUUCAGGACGGAGCUCAUCUCCGAAAAGAGAGCGGAAAAGAUGAACUUGGCCGUCUACCUGGUCAACAGCAACGGAGGCGAUGCUUUCUCCGUUGUCAAAGCUUCGACCAACGUCAUCUCCGCUCUGGCCGUCAUCCAGGCCAAUCUCGCCGCCGUUGCAACCGCCGCCUUCACCUGA